AUAAUGCACUCCCCGAUCAUCAGCGGGAAACCAAAAUGGCGAACGUGUUGGGGGAAAAUGAUCCGUUUGUUAUUUUCUGAGGAAGGCACAAGCCCUGCACGUUUUCACGGUAUACUUUCGAAAUAACUUCAACUUCAGAAGGAACGGGAUAAAAGCGGUCACUCACAUCCUGAUAUUUUGUAGUACGAGUCGUUUGUAGAAGCGGAGGUGACCGAAUGAGAGACUCAGGGGUUGUGGAUCACAUCUCUGUCCACCACAGAGCUCACUCUCAGCAGCAGCAGGCUGUGUCCUUGUCCCCCACGAGCCUUUCUGCUAGGGGAGAGUAUGGAGAAGACAGUAUGUCUGACAGGUUUACAGAGGGACAGGACGUCUUGGCCCGGUGGUCAGAUGGCUUGUUCUAUUUGGGGACAAUCACCAAGAUAGAUCGGGACAAGCAGCGAUGCUUUGUUGUUUUUGAGGAUCGGUCAAAGUCUUGGGUUCUCUGGAAGGAUAUUCAGACAGGAGAUGAAGAUGAUGAGGAUGAUGAGGACGAUGACAUUGUGUGCUCCAUAUGCCAGGAUGAAACCUCAGAGGAGCCCAAUGAGAUUGUUAUCUGUGAUAAGUGUGGACAAGGCUACCAUCAGCUGUGUCACUCUCCCAUCAUCGAUGCCGCUGUUAUUGACUCGGAUGACAAGUGGCUCUGCUCAGAGUGUGAGCUCACUUCUAUGCCUAAGAGGGGGGCUGCACACAGGAGGGCAGCUUCUGCUAAAGGCUUUCUGCAGCAGGAGCAGCAGCAGCAGCACAUGGAGCUGCACGUGUCCUUCCCGUACGCUCUGAAUGAACUGGUGUGGGACCAGGGCCACAAGACUAACAUCCAGCAGUGCUACUGCUACUGUGGAGGGCCAGGAGACUGGUUCCUGAAGAUGCUGCAGUGUAACAGAUGUCAGCAGUGGUUCCAUGAGGCCUGUCUCCAUUGCUUACAGAUGCCCCUGCUCUACGGAGAUAGGUUUUACCUGUUUAUUUGUUCUGUUUGCAAUGGUGGACCAGAGUACCUCAGACGGCUACCCCUCAGAUGGAUGGAUGUCGCACACCUGAGCCUGUAUAACCUGAGUGUGAUCCACAAGAAAAAGUACUUUGACUCUGAGAUGCACCUGAUGACUUACAUCAAUGAUAACUGGGAGCUUCUGCAGCUGGGGGAGCUCACCAACACUCCGAGAUCGGAGCGAUAUGAAAGUGUUCUGGAGGCCUUAAACAACAACAGCAGCAUGUUCAUGUCGGGGAAGGAGGUUAAGAAAAAGAAGCACUUGUUUGGGCUGAGGAUCCGUUUCCCUCCUGCUCCUCCCAACUCUGAUGAACCAACCAGCAAAAUGAUGGAAAGGGCUUCACACGAGAUCACCAUUAAGGGAUGCAAGCCCACUAAAGCCCUAACUGGCAUGAGACCUUGCAGUGCAUUAACCAAUGGCACAGACAAGAAGAAAAAGAAGAAGAAGAAGAAAAAAAGGAAGCAAGUAACACGUUCUCUGGAGACUCUGGCCAAACGACAACGCUCCAGUGAACUCUUAUCCCAGGAAAUAAGAAAGCCGCUGCCACUAGAGUCCCACACAUUGGAUCACUUAACCUCUACCAAGAGUGACAGGUCUCUGCUGUCCUCAGAUGUGGAAUCCAUAGGAGCCCUGAGCACCACAGAAACUACCUCAACUAGCAUUUCAAGACAGUCCAGCCUCUGUAGCUCCAGCAAGACACGCACCACAGCCUGUGUCAUGCCUGUUUCCUCUCCGCCUUUGAAAAGGAAACGUGGGCGGCCACGACGGGCCCUGCAGACCCCCAACCCAGAGAUCCCACCUCCCAGCCAUGCAGACCCAAACCCCUCAGUAUCAGAGGUGCUGAGUCCACUCACAGGGCUUCACUCCUCAGACAUCGUUCACGGCAUGGACCCCAACAGCCAGCUGUCCCACCUCAAGAGCUCCAUCAGCAGCUAUUUCGGAGCUGCAGGGCGACUGGCUUGUGGGGAAAAGUACAAAGUACUGGCACGACGGGUCACCCUCGACGGCAAGGUGCAGUACCUGGUGGAGUGGGAAGGAGUCACUGCCUCCUAGACUUGUUGUGGUCAGCCCUUCUAACUUCAUACCAGCACCGAUAAGAGGUUUAUGGCUGUGCCUGAAGACAUUGUGUACACAACCUGUAUUGAGAGCAUUAAUUGAUGUAUGCUUGUUUAGUUUAGACAGGGACAUGUUUUUCCUGUUAAGCUUACUGUAAAGCCUACUGGUUCGGUGCUGUCCAGGGUGAUUGUAGUACAAUAAAACAUGUCUCUUCCUCAUGCAUUUUAAAGAUUACAUUUCACCAAUAGACCAGGCAUGGUCAUGUUAUCACACCUUAUUUCUGUUUUUUCUUUUAACUUUCAGCGUCUGCUUUGAAUGUUUACAGAUUCCCCAUUUAUUCAGGGGCAAAUAAUUGGUCAGUGCACUGCACCUGUAGGCUUUCAGUUAAUCUUUAUUGUGCUUGAUUUUUAAUCCAGUGAUAUGCUCUUUAUUUCCAGACCAGUUGAGUAUGAAAGUGUAAGUUUUUUGACAGAUUGUAGUUGGACAGGCAUUAAACAGUGAAUGGAGGAUAAGAGAAGGAGGGAAGGUUUUGUUUGAAAAAAAAAAAUCAUUAAUUUCACUACCGUAAUUAUGCAGUGAAUAAUUACAUGUAUUUGGUUCCCAUUUAUUCUCUUACCAUAUUUGGUAAAUAAUAGCCCCUGGUUCUCUCAUCCCAGUACCUCUUGUUGCCUUGGGCAAACAUAUCCUUCAGUCGUUUUUUUGGAAAGUGUGCUCACUUGUGAGCAGUUCGGGAGGAACCCAAAACAAAAGAGACGUGCUGCUGCAAAUGUUUAUUUUAUAUAAAAUUAUACUACAUUUAUUAUUACAUUUUCCACUUGUACUUUCUCAUGCCUUUUUCUGUUCCACAGAGCAGAUUUUUCCUGAUUUUCUUCUCUUCUUGUUAAUUGUUGAUUGCACAUAUCAAAUUAUGUCUGUUAGGCUGUCAUCUUAUUACCAACAGAUAGUUUGAGCUUUUCACCUCACACAUGGCAGCAUUUUCAUCGAUGGUAAACUUCUUCAAAUACUUAAUGUUGGUCAUAACUCUUUAAAUUUAAAUUGAGAUUUUGAAAAGUUACAUCCCCAAAUCAAGAGUAAUUUCCGCAUAUAAAUGAUCUGUAACCCAAACUCAAGAGGACUACUCGUAACCUUUUUAAAACGUUUUGAUUUGAAAUUGACUAAAUGACUGUUAACUCUUAAAUCUUAAGGACCUAUUUAGUUUUUACUUUGUCUAAUAGUUAUUCAAGAAAAAUAAAAUGCUGUAUAAGAUGAAUGUUGUAUAUUAAAGUUCUCAUACCUAGAGUUCAGAAUUGUUCCAAUUUCUGUGCUGCCUAUGCAAGUUAGUCCUGGUUAAAGAUGUUUUUCAGCCAUAUAAUUGGACUGUGUGGCUUGACAAAGUGGAGCUUCAGCAUUAUUAUUGUGAUGAUUUGACUCAGUUGUCAAAUUUUUUUGUGACGGGUGGAGAAAAAAAAAAAAAGACUUAGAUUUUUGCUUUUACAGUCAAGAUCGCAUUGUAGUUUACGCACUCAGGAUGUGCCCAAAAACAUCACUGCAUUGUAUAGGCCAUUUGCAGCUUGUCAGGAGGUCUUGAUAUAAGUUAUUCACUCAGUUGUGUUGGUCAGUAUUGUUAUAUCAGGUGCUCCAUUUGGAACAUUACGUUGUAUGCAUGUAUAUUUUUUUAAAGAAGGAAAACUAUUGCAGCUUGUUUGUACUGCUACACUUGCUUGUCUGAACUGAAUUGGAAAACAGUCACUGGAAAACGAAUGCUGUAUGUCAUUGCAAGAGGUAGAUAUUCAGUUAGUGUGGCUGUCUUUUUUUUUUUUUUUUUUGGAGAUGUUUCUGUUAUCGUUCAAGUGGACAGACCUUUUUUGACAGAUACCUCUUCAUUCUGCAGAUGUAAUCAAUGCAUCUGAAACUUUUCUCCUCUGUUCAGCCAGUGUGUCAGCCCACAUAUUGCUGCCACUGGCUUCCAGCAGGCUUCUCUAGCCAAAGAACAUACACAUAACGUCUGCUUGAGAUUCUUUUUUUAUUACAUUUUUUAUACAUCAUUAUAUAGGUUGACGUGUUACUUCUGAACUUGUUUAGUUAAAGGAUAAAUAAAAGCUGAUAUUUU